CCCCAGGGUGAGCGUCUCCAGCUCCUGCUGCGCCGCAGCCACGAGGCCAAAAGCUGUGCCUAUUGCCCCUACAGCCGCUUCCCGGUGGGCGCUGCACUGCUCACUGCCGGGGGGCAGAUCUUCUCCGGGUGUAACGUGGAGAAUGCCUGCUACAGCCUGGGGGUGUGUGCUGAGCGCACUGCCAUCCAGAAAGCCAUCUCCGAGGGGCACACCAGCUUCAAGGCCAUGGCCAUUGCCAGUGACAUGGGGGACGACUUCAUCACGCCCUGUGGUGCCUGCAGACAAGUGAUGAGAGAGUUUGGCACAGACUGGGAUGUCUACCUGACCAAAGCAGAUGGCACCUACAUUGUCAAGAGGCUGGAGGAGCUGCUGCCACUCUCCUUUGGUCCUGAGGACCUGAAGAAGGUGUGA